GUUAACGUUCGCUCUUUAAAACUCUUCCACUCACCACUUCCCACCCAUCUCAAAUCAAGUGACAUUAUAUCUACACCAUGUCUAACAUAGGUGAUGAAGCGUCGAGUCCAGCAAAUGUCAAAACACUCACACCAGGCGCAGCCUCCGAGCUUCCCGUGGAACUCAUUGAAUACAUUACAGAUCACCUACACGAUGACAAGCCUUCCCUUUCUGCUUCCUCGCUCGUUUGCCAAGCAUGGACAGGUCCAUCUCGACACCACUUAUUCCAUGAUCUCACAGUUCGUGCCAACACAAAGGAAUAUGCCAGAGGCGUGUUGUUCGCGAAGUUACGGGAUCUACUCGAAAGCGGGCCCAGCGUCCAUGUAUACAUUCGGCGUCUUUUCCUUUGGUCGGACCAGAGUAUGAAUCAAUUAGUCCCCGCGUCGCUUCUUGAGGCAUGUUACGAGCGAUUGCCAUCCCUACAUACCCUGUCCAUUGAAGGCGCUCGGUUUCCCCCUGCCCCGCCGCUGUCAAAAGUUGCUGAUACGGAUAAUACCAAUCUUGCACCUCAGCUUCGGACGUUACUUGUCACGAAGUCUGUCAUGGAUGACGGACUACUAUGCACUCUUGGACAUCUACACUCCCUGUCGAAGCUUGUCCUGAAGGAGAUUCGCCGAUAUACAGCACAAAUCAAUUCAAGCCGUUUCCAUCGACCGUCCCUUGCGCAUCUUACGCUCGAUGAUGGCUGUGAUAUCCAGACUUUACAGUACUUCCUAUCUUCGGAUCGUGCAAAUGAAAUGGAGUAUCUGGACAUAAUAUUUCCUCCACAAAUUACGUCCGAAAUGCUGUCAAUAGUUGGAUCUUUCUUGCACUUGCCGCAUUCUCAGCUCAAAGAUUUCACAAUUGACUUUUCGGCUGGGUCUCUCUACGAUCUUUUCUUGCAGAAACACUUCGACCAGCUCAAUCUCGUCUCUUGUUUGAACCUCAGAUCUGUCCAAAUCAACCUUAAUGUGAGAGGGGUUUCUUGGUGGGGGGAGCCCGAUGUCACAGAUUGGAGUGUAUUACCUUCCAUCCUCUCCACAACUCACUCCGGGAUCCAACAUUUCACACUAGGCCUGGCCACUUCUGAAGAGACUCUCGCUGAAAUGACCGAGAAGCUCAGCCGUUGGGAUUGGAAACCAUUGCAAACCACGUUUACCCAUUGGGAUGCCCUAGAGACUGUAACAUUCAAACACAUGUCGGUUAGUGGCAAGAGGUCGGCUCCAGAAUGGGAAGAGAUGGUUCGAUCGCAGCUAAAAUCCCUUCCCACGGUUCGCCUACAGUUCGAAUAUGUGGGUCUUUCGGAGAGAGAAGAACUCGAAGCGGCGCAGGAAGCAGAAGCGGGAGAGACUGAUGAAGGCCAAGCAGACACGGUAUAGCCAAUCGCUGCAGAAUCUAGGAGAUGGGGCGCUGCCCAUUCAAUAAUGUGCUCUCUACCGUCUGUCCUGAUGUCAUCCCCGAUAGUACGUGGGGAUUGCUGAGCAGAAGUAGAUGCAACUUGAGUUUGGUUCGUAUCGGACGAGGCUUGCUCCUCUGCCUUGGCUUUGGGCUUCGCAUUGGGGUUACAAAUUGAGCGAUGAGUCUUCCAGUGCUAUUUCAGGAUUCAAAUCAGUUGAAACUCCAAAAAAAAAAGAGAAUCAAGAGUAGCUACGAAC